UAUGAUAAUCGUAAGGUUAAAAAAACUGUUCCUUGUAAUCUUGUAGUUCAUUGAUAGCAUUAUAUUUUCGUUGUGUCAUUGAAACAAAUAUAAAACUUUAAAAAUGUUGCUUUAAGUUUAGCCAGGAAAUUAUUACAAUUUCAAGGUCUAUGAAUUGUAUUAGAGCGAUGGGUGUUCCUUGGGGAACGAAGUGGGUAGCAGACGAUUGAGUUCCGCCAUUAUAAUUUUUGUGCUUCUGUAUGUGUAGCCCUGCUAUUACGGGAAAUUUGUUUUCAUAGAUGGGGGAAAUGUGAGAUUGCCGCUAUUGUCAUGUGCAUAGAAAAGUGCUAAUAAAACACGUGGAUGAGUAGCAAAAUGGUUUGUAAUUUUUCAGUUUCGUAAUAUGCGUUGAUAAUGUUCACGUGAAGCAUGGAAACUUCUCAACGCAUUAUGCCAAAUAUAUUAGUAACAGGAACUCCUGGUGUGGGUAAAUCAACAGUAUGUGAACAACUGGCAGAAAGGACUGGACUGGAAUGGCUAGAGGUGGGGAAGAUCGCCAAGGACUGUGAGUGCUUUGAGGAAUUCGAUGAAGUGUAUCAGUGCCCCGUAUUGGAUGAAGACAAGCUCAUUGAUGAGCUUGAAGACAAAAUGGCUCAGGGAGGCAAUAUUGUUGAUUAUCAUGGUUGUGACUUCUUUCCUGAAAGGUGGUUUGACAUUGUGUUUGUUCUGCGGACCAAUAACACUGUCUUGUAUGACAGGCUGACUCAUCGAGGUUAUACCGGCAAGAAAUUGGAAGACAAUGUGCAGUGUGAGAUAUUUCAAACAAUACUGGAAGAAGCACAGGCAGCCUACAAACCAGAUAUUGUGCAUCAGUUGCCGAGUAACACUGCUGAUGACAUGGAAGAGAACCUGGACAAGAUUACAGCAUGGGUUGAGCAGUGGAAAAUGAGGGCAAGCAGUUAGAUGUUAUAACUAGAUUUUUGUAUAAACAGGAUAUUCGUAGAGGUUUGCAGCAGACUGAAACAGUUGGUUUUACUGGCAGAACAAUUUUGUAUGUGUUCUUCAUUUCGAGAUUGGGCUGCAUGCCAUCUUGUUCUUGAUCUUCACAUUCUUUGCUUCUUUUCAUUACAAUUGAAAUAUAUUUAUCAUUCCACUGAC